GAGGACGAGGACGAGGCGAGGGCGACGAGCAUAGAGUACGACCCCAGCGACAAGGACUCGAUGGUCAAGACCGUGUCCAGGAUGGUGAAGCAGCUGAAGAACAUCGAGAUCCAGAUGAAGGUCCUCGUCAAGGAGCUCAGCCGAGCCCAGAGCACGUUCCCCUGA